UCUGUCUAUUGCGGCCUUUCAUCCAUUCUUUUUAUUCAUUUCUAUGCCUUAUUUUGUGGGGUACCCUUAGACGAAAUGGACGAAGAUAGUUACUAAAUUUUUAGCUAAUCGAUCCUUAUAUAUGCAGGUCUUUCGUUUGUGGAAAAUCUUUUAUAUAAUUUUAGCACACUCUUUGCUCACUAUUCAGCCUCACUAUCUUCUUAAGUAAGCUCUAAAACUUUUGACAUUGAGACAAAAGGAGCUUAACAUUACAACUUGCAUUUCCAGUGCUGAAAAUAAGACAAGCAGAAGAAUAUGGUGGUAAGAGAAGGUGAGAUGAAUUGGCAACAAGGGGAGGUAGAAUCAUUGCAAAGGGAAGGAGAAGAAGCGAUCAGGAAUGACGUCAACAAUGUCAUUUCUUCAUCGCUCGGAAGGCAAUCUUCAUCCAUAUACUCACUCACCCUCGACGAGUUCCAACACAGCCUCUGUGAUAGCGGCAAGAAUUUCGGAUCCAUGAACAUGGAUGAGUUUCUAAGUAGUAUUUGGAAUGCAGAAGAAAACCAACAACAAGCUGCAUCCAACAAUAAUAACAGCAACAACAAUAACUUGUCUGCAGCUCAGAAAGGGAUUAGCAAACAGGCAAGUCUUCCUCGCCAAAAUUCGUUAUCGAUUCCUGCUCCUCUCUGCAGGAAAACUGUGGAACAAGUUUGGUCUGAGAUACACAAAGAACAACAGAACCAUCACAACAUCAACAAUGUUGCUCAGAAUACCGAGUCUACCCCUCGACAGCCGACUUUUGGCGAGAUGACAUUGGAGGAUUUCUUGGUUAAAGCAGGGGUAGUUAGGGAACAACAGUCUGGUAUGCCGGUUGCCAUAGCACCACCACCUACCGCAGCAGCAGUGUCAUCUCACCGGCCGCAGCAGCAGCAUUACGCCGCAGUGUAUCCGAACAACAACUCUACAAUGGCUCAGGCUGCUUCAUUUGCUAUUGGCGGCGGCGGGAAUCUAAACGUUGUUGCGCCACCGUACCAAACGGUGGCACAGGGAGGUGGAGCAGUUGGAGAACCUUCGAGUUCAGGGUAUGUUGGGAAUGGUAAGACGAGAGAUAGUAUAGGUACGGGGUAUCCUCCGCCGCCGCCAGCUAUUUGUUACGGAGGGAGAGUGGUGAAUGGAGCAGCGGGCGGUUAUGGCGUGGCAGUGGCACAAACUAUGGGAAUGGGCGGACCUGUUAGUCCGGUUUCAUCGGAUGGGAUUGGAAACGAAAACUCGGGUGGUCAAUUUGGGAUUGAUAUGAAUGGUUUACGAGGAAGAAAGAGGAUGGUUGAUGGUCCUGUUGAAAGGGUGGUGGAGAGAAGGCAGAGGAGGAUGAUCAAGAAUAGAGAGUCAGCAGCAAGAUCUAGAGCCAGAAAACAGGCCUAUACAGUUGAAUUAGAAGCAGAACUGAAUCAAUUAAGAGAAGAGAAUUCUCAACUGAAACAGGCACUGGCUGAACUCGAGAGGAGAAGAAGACAACAGUGUUCAGAGGAAACAAACGUGAGAGUUCAAACGAAAGCUCAGAAAGCAAAAGAGAAACUGAGAGGCUUAAGAAGGAAUACAAGUUGUCAUCUGUGAAGAAAACAUCACAUGGUAGAGAGUGAAAUCCUUGAUGCAUAAGUGCAUCUUCUUGUGUAGUUAAAACUGAGAAAAGUGCACAUGAUGCAGAUCAAGAACCAAGAAGAAUAUACUAAAGUCAAAACCAGUCAAAAAGAAAGGAAAAAAAAACAAAGGAAUGGUGGUGUGGAUUUUGUUGGAGAGCAAAUUUUUCCACUGUUUGCAAGGAUUGAAUCAUCAAAUAUGGAUGACUCUUUUCAAAUGAUAUAACUAGCUACUCUAAUUUGUACAUUAUAUAGUAGUUAAUGUUUGAAGUUACCUUGCUAUGUGUGUGGAUUAUUUUUGUUUAGAGUUACAAUAUAGUACCAGCUAUGAAUGGCAUUCAUGCAACUGAAGUAGAGAUGAUUUUCUUAAUUAAUUGCCAGAAUUAUUCUUAUUUUUAAAAUGAAGUACCAGCCAUGAAUGGUAUGUUGGAUAA